CGUCAAUACUAGAUAAUCUUUGUAAUCUUUUGAUUAAAGAUUGUUAUGGUAAAAAAUAGGGCGGUUCGCAGCUUACUUUAAUAGCGUACCUCAUAGUGCGCACAGGUCUCGAAAAUUAAAGGAGCAAAAUUAAAUGGACACAGACGGCGAUAAUACAGGCAACGAAGGGGAGUUUGUCAAUAGGGCAUAUCAAUCAGACGAUAUUAAGGAGGCACCAAACCGGCAGAAUGAUGACAUCGAGAAGACUGGCGAUACUACGAAAAGCAGAAACAUAUCAACAGAAGAUCGUUCCGUAGAGCGACCAAAAUGGGACAACCAGACUGAAUUCUUAAUGUCAUGCAUCGCCACAUCGGUGGGAUUAGGCAACGUGUGGCGUUUUCCCUUCGUGGCAUACCAGAAUGGCGGCGGAGCAUUUCUCAUACCCUACAUCAUUGUCCUGCUCGUUAUAGGAAAGCCUAUGUAUUUUCUAGAGACCGUUCUUGGACAGUUCAGCAGCAGUAACUGUGUCAAAAUAUGGGCGCUCUCACCAGCCAUGAAAGGUACUGGUUAUGCCCAAGCUUUGGGCGCUUCUUACGUAUUAUCAUACUACGUUUCCAUCAUCGCCUUAUGUCUAUAUUACUUGGCCAUGAGCUUUCAAACCACAUUACCUUGGGCACUUUGCAAUCCUGAGUGGAAACAAUUCGAAAGUUGCGUACCAUCAGGACAGCCUCCUCCUGCAGACUUUGAUGGUAAUCUAACAAGCAGUGCACAAUUAUACUUUACAGAAACAGUCCUAAAGCAGUCUAAUGGGAUCCACGAUGGAAUUGGUGCACCGUUAUGGGAUUUAACAUUAUGUUUAUUGGCAUCAUGGAUUAUAAUUUUUGUCAUCGUGGCACGCGGUGUAAAAAGUUCAGGAAAAGCUGCUUACUUCUUGGCCAUAUUUCCAUAUAUCAUUAUGUUUAUAUUACUAAUAAGGUCUGUUACUUUACCAGGAGCCGGCAAAGGAAUUUUGUUUUUCCUUACUCCGGAAUGGAAUAAAAUUUUGGAAAUUAAAGUAUGGUACGCAGCAGUAACUCAAGUGUUCUUCUCGCUCUCCGUAUGUUCAGGCGCACUCAUAAUGUUUUCUUCUUACAACGGCUUCACACAAAACGUUUACAGGGACUCGAUGAUCGUAACUACUCUUGAUACAUUCACGAGUCUUAUAUCUGGAAUCACAAUCUUCGGAGUGUUGGGCAACUUGGCUGAACAACUGCAGUACGACGAUGUCAGCAAUGUCAUAAGUUCCGGCGGAACCAGUUUGGCGUUCAUCUCGUAUCCGGAUGCUAUCGCGCAAUCCCCAUUCGUACCACAGCUGUUCGCGGUGCUAUUCUUCCUCAUGAUGGCGGUGCUGGGCGUGGGCUCCGGCGUGGCGCUGCUGUCUACCGUGAACACCAUUCUGCUGGACUCGUUUCCGCGCGUGCCCACCAUCGCCAUGUCAGCAAUGGCCUGCACCGCCGGGUUCGGCAUCGGCCUCAUAUAUGUCACACCGGGCGGCCAAUACGUAUUAGAGAUAGUGGAUUAUUACGGAGGAACCUUCAUGAGAUUGUUCGCUGCAAUUGCUGAAACUAUUGGAGUCUUUUGGAUCUACGGUCUGGAGAACAUUUGCUUGGACAUCGAGUUCAUGUUGGGCAUCAAGACUUCUAUUUACUGGCGUGUGUGCUGGGCCAUCGUGACUCCCGUCAUCAUGAUCGCCGUCUUUAUGUACGCCAUCAUCACCACCGAGGCCCUGGUCUUCGGCGAUAACUACAUAUAUCCGAGUGGAGCUUACAUUGCUGGUAACAGUCUACAAUAUACUGGUAUUGCGCUAAUCCCCAUAUUUAUCAUCGCUACCUUGUGGAAAUACAGAACCGGUGAUUUUGUUGAGACUGUGAAGAAAUCAUUCCGUAAGAAGCCGACAUACGGUCCUCGCGAUGAAGACAAACGCAACGAGUGGAAGCAGUUCAGAGAGGACGCCAAAUUCAGCCAGCAACUCAAGAGGAAAAACUGGUUCCAUCAUAUUGGCCUCAGUCUUUACGGUGGAUACAGGAGAAAACUCUGAUGAUUGCUACAUAUUGAUAAGCAUAAAAUGUUAAUCAAAUUUUACGUGGUGUUUAUCUCAAAUACUUAUCUAAUUACUCAUUAUAAUUUAAUAAAAUGUAUGUCUUUUAUUGAUGCCC